GUGUGUCUGGCCAGUACUCACCUGUGCUCGGAAAGGUAACGAUGCGGCCCUUCUCCCUGUACUACCUGGUGGCGCUGGUGGUGGUGGUGGCGGUCAGCGUACAAGGCCAGCUGCUGCAACAAGAACAAGUAGACCAACAUCAACAACAAGACCAACAACAACAACAACAAGAACAGGUAGACCAACAACAACAACAACAAGAACAACAGCAACAACAACAACAACAACAGGUUGACCAACAACAACAAGAGCAACAACAGCAGCAGCAGAAGGAGAAGGAGGAGGAGGAUCAGUGCUUGCCGUGUUCCGAGGUGGUGUGUGCGAAGGAGCUUGAAUAUCAUGAAUGUCCGUGGGGCAGAGUGAGGGACCCAUGCCACUGCUGCGACGAGUGUGCCAAGGGCCCUGGCGAUGUGUGUGGCGGCAAGAACGGGACCUGUCUGCCGGGCUUCAAGUGCAUCCCGCGCACGGCAGGCGGUGGACGCUGCGAGUGGCGACCGCUGCCUACCUUCCACAACAAGAAGAUCACCAAGAACUAGAGUGCGCAGUGACUCGGUAACGUGUGGCACUACCUCACUUAUGGCUCUCUGUUAAGUAGUGCAUAUCCUUAUCACUGUAUUCGUGUGUGUGUGUGUGUGUGUGUGUGUGUUGUUCUGCUUAGUAAGUACAGUACAGUCCUACCCUUAUUAUUGUUAUUAUUAUUAUUAUUUUUUUUUUUGUAAUCAUAUUAGAGGGACCUUUAGAGUAAGACAACUAACGGACUGAUAAAAGGUUAUGCCAGUUCGCUAAGUAGUCAAAAGUUCCGUUUUCUUUUUUUUUUUAUCACUUAUUUAUUGAUUUUAUUAGUUUUCUUACCCGUUUAUGCAUCAUAAUUUUUGUUUAUUUACUGUUAAAAUCAGUUCUGCAGAUAGUAGUUAUAUUGGUCGAGAGUUUGCACUGCUACUGUAUGUAUUGUGGUACGUAUUGUGUGGUACUUUGUGUUAUCUCUGUAGUUACCCCUUGUAUCGGUGUCUUCCGUUUUCUCUUAUUAAAAAUGCUAUUAAAAAGAA